CUAUUCUUAAACUGAUAUUCAAAUAUUUUUCUGUAGCUCCAAGCCCCACAACUGCCGUCCACUACCUGGCCACCAAGUGUGUGGACACCGUGAAGACUCACCAUAAGGGCUCCAAGUGGUUCAUGCCAUGGGGCCCUGACCAGUGCAGCAAGAUCAGAGACUUUGAUGAGGCCAUGGCCAAGAGAAUCGAGGCCAACAACAUUGUGUUUGCAGUCCACAUUCCACUGCCCAACAGAGAGAUGAGUCCCUGGUUCCAGUUCAUGUUGGUUAUCCUUCAGUUUGACAUUGCCUUCAAAAUGCAAAACCAGAUUGAAGAUGGAUCUUUGGUCACCAUGGAUGUUGGUCUGGCCUACAGAGACAGCACCCUGAGUGAGUGGACUGAGAUGGCCCAUUCAACAGAGCAUCGCAAACUGAGUUGCAAUUUCACUGCAACCAAGACUUAUGAGAACGAGGGGCGCUACUAUGAAUGUGACCUGUUGCCCUUUAUGGAGGUUGGCAGUGUGGCCCAUAAGUACUAUCUUCUGAACAUCCGACUACCUGUCAAUGAACGCAAAAAAGUCAACAUCGGGAUUGGAGAAAUCAAAGACAUCCGUCUGGUGAGCAUUCAUCAAAAUGGUGGCUUCACCAAGGUUUGGUUUGCCAUGAAGACGUUCCUUACUCCCAGCGUCCUCAUUAUCAUGAUCUGGUACUGGAGAAGAAUCACACAGAUGACUAGGCCACCUGUUCUCCUGGAAAAGAUUAUCUUUGCUUUGGGAAUCUCCAUGACCUUCAUCAAUAUCCCAGUUGAAUGGUUCUCAGUGGGUUUCAACUGGACCUGGAUGCUGCUGUUUGGUGACAUACGUCAGGGCAUCUUCUACGCCAUGCUGCUUUCUUUCUGGAUCAUCUUCUGUGGAGAACAUCUCAUGGACCAGACUGAGAGAAACCAUUUUUCUGUGUACUGGAAGCAGGUUGGAUCCAUUGUCUUUGGCUCCUUCUGCCUAUUCGUUUUUGAUAUGUGUGAAAGAGGAGUACAGCUGAAGAACCCUUUCUACAGUAUCUGGGCAUCAGAUGUUGGGACAGAGCUAGCUAUGGCCUUCAUCAUUGUAGCAGGGAUCUGCGCAUGUCUCUACUUCCUGUUCCUGUGCUUCAUGGUGUUCCAAGUGUUCAGAAACAUCAGUGGGAAAAGGUCAUCCUUACCUGCUAUGACAAAGGCUCGUCGACUGCACUAUGAGGGCCUCAUCUUCCGCUUCAAGUUCCUGAUGUUGGUCACACUAGCAUGUGCUGCAAUGACUGUCAUCUUCUUCAUCAUUAGCCAGGUGAAUGAGGGUCACUGGCACUGGGGUGGCUACACGGUUCAGGUGAACAGUGCCUUCUUCACUGGAAUCUAUGGCAUGUGGAACCUCUAUGUGUUUGCCCUCAUGUUUCUCUAUGCCCCAUCUCACAAGCGUUAUGGAGACGAGCAAUCAAGCGCUGAUCAAGCUGGAAACAGUGGUGAAGACAUACAGUUGACCACCACCAUCACACAUGUGGAUGGACCUACAGAGAUCUACAAAAUGACCGGCAAAGAAGCUCAAGAGUAACCAUCACCUUUAUUCAGGGUCCAACAAAAGUCUCAAAAGUUCAUACAAUACGCUUUUGUGUGUCCUUUGUGUUCCCUGUCAUUUCAAACACAGCCUCACAAAUAUUAAGCCCCUUUUCACUUAUUGGCUUUCCAUUCCACUAAGGUUCAGUCUAAAACAUCUGCUUGUGCUGAGUGGUAGAAAAAUGGAGUUGCACACCAUCUUGUGGGUGCUGAGAGAAAUUAUGAUGUGUAUCUCGCACUGUGGAUAGGCAAAGGCACUGGUGUUUGCAAGGACCAAUACAAAUACUUAAAAAAUUGGGAGGAAAGGGAAUCAAGGUCAUUUCUUUUAAUCAUGCAGCAAUUGUUUCUUGUUUGUGUAUUCUGUAGCUGAGAUCAUUGUUUUCCCCUUUGAUUUUUGCAAUUACAAAACAAGGAAGAAAAACUCUGUCAGCAUACUGUAUAGUUACGCAUGUGUUUUUUUUUCUUUUUUUCUGUUGAUCCUUCCUCAUAGGACUUCCUUAAACACUCCCUACCAAAAGUAAACACACCCAUGGAACCCAUAACGUGAAUGACCGAGUUCAAAUCAAGGUCCCCCAGAGCAAGAUGUGGACGUAAAGUGCCAUAUAGAUAGAUUCAGGUCAACACUAUGUUCAUUAUGUUACAAUGUAGAGAUAUAUUUUUUAUAAUGUGCUUGUUUUCGUCUGUAUGAAAGCAUUAGUCGCUGUAUUGUAGCACUGCAUUGUAAAAAAAAAUCUUUUGGAGAUUUUUUUAUUGUAUCACAUGGAAAUUUAGGGUUUUUAUGCUAAUUUAAAUAAUAAUAAAAAAACAUUUUAGAUUUGUUUGGAUAAAGGGACAUUGCUUAAUAAAACACUGGUGAACAGAA